AUGGCAGGACGUAUACUUCCGGUUGCACUGGCGACCGUUUCAGGCAUUGCAAUUGGCAUGGCAACCUUUGGCGAAGAGCUGAAGGCGCAAAGGAUGAAAAGGCUCACAGAAGAGUACAACCGAGACGUAGUUGCCGCUGCUGCUGCGAACAGCGAGAACCCAGCAGCCAUUGCGUCUGCUGCAACGACCGUCACGCCACCACCCGCUCCCACACUCCCGCCGGUCAAAGAGGAGACCAAGCCAGCAAGCACCUCAUGGUCUGAUGCGUUGGGAUUCUGGGCCUGGAAGAAGAGCCCGCAGCAGGAUGCCGUCCCUGCUGGUCUGGCUGCUCCAGCCGUGGCGCAAGAAGCGCCGGUCAAGAGCACGACGGAGGAGCAGAUCAGGAAGCCUUGA